AUGGACACACACACCGCAACCCACUCGCGCAGGGGAUCAACCACCCAGCCCCAGCCCGUCCCCAUCGCGUCCUCUCCACGCUCAUCUCCCCAGGCCUCGUCCACCUCGCCCACCAGCUCAGCACUCUCACAGUCACUGAAGGCAUUCCAGGGACUCGCUCUCAGCCCACCGAGCUCGACCGCGACUCAGCAGAACCCCUUGCACUCGGACGAGUUCCGCGAGGCGUUCCAUCACGUCCGCAGGGCCUCGACAGGCGCACACCCGAACCAGGGCAGGCCCAUCGUCAUCAGCGACGCUGCGACGGGCACAGCGAACCUCGCACCCCCCGUCCCGGGCCUCUCGACCUCGCCCUCGUCGUCGUCAGAGGCCGGAACCUCGGCUGGCUCGCUCCCGACCCCCUCGUCGUCGCCCUCCUCUGCCGCCGCACCCGCUCUCCCCGCGACAAACACCGGCAAGGCUCGCUCCGUCUCGAAUGGAAAGGUCGGGAAGCCCUCGGCGACCCUGGGCGGCGUGUGCGAAGGUCCCGAGAUUGCGUUCGAGCGAGGCGAACUCGCGAUUGAAGACGACGACGACGCGCCUUCUCCUCCGCCCGCUCUGACGCCCCCCGCCUCGAGCAGCCUCUUUGCUGGCGGAGCGAGGUGGGGAUGGCCCGCGGCGGGAGCAGGCUCGACCGGUCCCUCGCCAGCAGCAAUCGGGCCGCGCAGCCCUCCCGCGACAGACUCGUUCCUCCAGCGGCGGGGAUCGCUCUCGUUCGCUUCCGCCGGCGCAGCGAGCACCUCUGCGGGCCUGUCCGUCUCCCCCUCGAGCUCAGUCGCGACGAUCAAAACGACCGGUUUCGCCGCCUCGCCUCCAAACGGCACGACUUCGACCUCGUCUGGAUCGCCUUCGACGUCGACGUCGCCCACGACCGACCCCUUCAAGAUGAUGCAGCCGCUCGGACGAGUCGUCAGUGCGGGCGCGGCGCUGCAGACGCCUUCGUCGGCAGAGGCGGGCGGAGGAGGCGGACCUGGGUUCGGGCUGUUCAGGCGGUUCUCGAUCGGUGGACUCGGCUCUCGCAAGCCUUCACAACCCGCUCCCGCUCCUCCCUCUACCUCCCACCCCGCCCCAACGCUCCUCACACCCUCGCACAGCUCUCUCACCUCCGCACCUGCCCCUCCCGCCCUCACGACCGACACCAAGCCCUCUGCGUCGGGCGCAAGGGGAAGGACGCUCGCGCCCCCGGGCAAGGGGGGAGGCGCGAAGGGGAGGAAGUUGAGUCCGAUGGGGGAGAGGAUCCUCCGAGGCGGCUACUGA